AGGAAAGUUUAUGUUUAAGGCUUAACCUUCGGACAGCGUAACAGUCACCCGCCAAAUAACAAAACGAAGAAAAGUCAAAGAGUCGAACACAUUCGAAAAAGUCAAAAAUCUUUUGGUUCUGUCCGUCAAUGAAAACGCCGCCUCGUCGUUCCAAACGAGUUGAUCAGGAAUCGGAACUACCCAAGGUUACAACUCCAGUGGCUCUACGUGCAGCACGAGAGAAGAAGCACUGUUCCAAGGCUCGGGCGGUUCGGGUCAGACCCGAGUACCCACUGACCCGCUCCACCCCCGAGAUGAAGAUAAUGCCUCCUGAGUUCUUUCAAAUAGACGCGCUUGAUCUAGCGCCACGUUUGCUCGGGAAGUUCCUGAGGAGAGACAAUGUUGUCCUACGGAUCACAGAGGUGGAAGCUUAUAGACCAAAUGACUCAGCUUGCCAUGGACGGUUCGGGAAUACCCCACGGACCGCACCUAUUUUUGGACCAGGAGGACAUGCAUAUGUUUAUCUUUGUUACGGUCUUCAUAUGAUGCUCAAUAUUGUUGCUGAUAAGGAUGGAGUUGGAGCUGCUGUUUUGAUACGAUCUUGUUCUCCUGUUACCGGGCUGGAGACCAUACAGGAGCGUCGUGGCCAGAAAACCGACAAACCUGUUCUUCUAAAUGGACCAGGAAAGGUUAGUCUGAUCUGCAUCAAACAGAAUGCACCUUGCAAAUCCACAAUGCAUGAAAUCUGUUCAUAUGUGCCUCUUGCAGGUCGGGCAGGCGCUUGGACUUUCAACAGAGUGGUCUCAUCAUCCCCUCUAUUCUCCGGGAGGAUUGGAGGUUCUGGAUGGAGGAGAAGAUGUGGAGAAAGUACUAGUUGGUCCUCGCGUUGGAAUAGAUUACGCAUUGCCUCAACAUGUCAAUGCCUUGUGGAGAUUUGCCAUUGGAGACACUCCGUGGAUAAGUGCUCCUAAGAACACUCUUAAGCCUCUCUAACUUCAAUCCAAGACUCUUCAGUUGCACUUCUUGUUUUCAGACAUCUGAUUGAGUACACUUCUUGGUGUUUGUAUAGUGUUUUACUGUUUUGUUAACAAUUAUUAAUUUGGGUUGUAUACACAAAGAAGGAAAUCAAUUGGGGCAAAUGUGGAUUAGUGGAAAGGUAUUGGGUGAAAGUGAAAAUUUUAAGAACU